CCCUCGAUUCUGGGAGAAGCGACGCAUUUCGUGAGAUGCGCGAUUGCAUCUAAAUCAACUGAAGGGCAUGCCUAAUGUCCUACUCAGCAGCUCAGUCAUCACCGUCUCUCGCGGACCCACUGCCGAAACUCUGUUUGUUCAUUAACUGGCUGACACGAAUUGCGCAACUCGUAUCCUCGAUGUCAGGCAACGGGACUCCACGCUCUGGUGCAUUCUACGAAUCGAUCAAAUCAGGAUAUACCGGACCCAACAACAUAUGGGUCAGUCUACUAGUACCCCGCCACGAGAGGGGAGCUGCUAGCUAUCCUCGGGCAAAUCGGAGGACGACCAGCCAUGGCAAUAAGUACCCAGUUUCGCAUUGUUAUCGUACACAGCAUCCCCGUUCGAUGCGAUUCUGACACCAAACAACAUACAAGAGCAUUGAAUUCUCCAUGGCUCCAUUCAAACUGCAAAAGCCAUCGAACAGAGAGCUUUUGGGCGGUGACCUGCUAGCUCAAGCCCUCCGCCACCUUGGUACCGAUGUAGCAUUUGGUUUACAUGGUGGGCACUUGGAUGCUUUCCUGGUUGGAGCGCACGAGGUUGGCAUCCGCCUAAUUGACACACGGCACGAAACCACGGCGGUGCAGGCGGCUGAAGGAUAUGCCAAAAUUUCUGGCAAAGUCGGCGUAUGCUUUGUGACUGCGAACAGCGGCUUCUCCAAUGGACUCCCGGGCCUUGCUACUGCCUUUGCCGAUCGCUCCCCAAUUUUCUGUGUCACUUCCAGUCCACCUUUGCAAGACAGCGAAACGAACGCCUUGCAAGGCUUUCACGAUCAGGUGGUUGUGGCCAAGCCCAUCACGAAAUUUGCGCACAGAGUUACAAAUGUGGAAGAGAUCCCUAGAAUCGUUGCCUAUGCUUUCAGAGCCGCCAAUACCGGUAUCAAGGGACCAGUUCUGAUCGAUUUCCCUAUCGAUGUUCUGUUUUCACCUCCGCAAGCACAUCGUAUUGCCUACGGUGCCGUGGGGGUGGCCCCAGCGUCUCCUCCAGCGCCUGAUCCGGCUGCUCUUGAUAACCUAUUGACAGCAUGGAAAGCAGCCAAACGACCUGUCAUAAUCAACGGAACAGGCGCUAGAGGUAUUGCGAAGGGCCUCCAGGCGCUUGCAGAAACCACGAACACUCCAGUGUUCUAUUCGAACAAGCUCAGCACGCCCAUCCCUCACGGCCAUGAGCUUCGAGGCGGACCAGCCAUGAACUUGGCGGCGUUCGCUGGCAGUGCUGAGCAUGCAGAUUUUGUGCUACUUCUAGCCGCACGUACAGGCUUCCUUCUUGGUGGUCGAAGUGGUGCAAUUAUUCCAAAUGGCGUCACGCUAGCACAGAUUGACCUCGAUGGAGGUGAAAUCGGCAAAUCGCAUGCAGUCGACAUCGGUAUCAUCUCUGAUGUCGGCUUGUUCUGCGAUGCAUUUGUUGCGAAAGCCUCUUCUGCUAACUUCCCCCGCAACGAAGAUUGGAUCAAGAAAUGCUUUGCAUUGAACAACUCUCCAUCACCAUUCGAGAAGGAUGAAAAGGUCAUGCCAGAUGGCCAGCUGCAUCCGUAUCACGCGUUACAUCAAGUUAUGACGAAUCUACCAAAAGAUUCCAUCAUCAUGUUCGACGGAGGCGAGGCCGGUCAAUGGGCCGCUAUGACUGCAGAGCUCUCUCAACCUCACGUGGUCAUGAAUUCCACUGGCUACUUGGGCUUUUUGGGUAAUGGUUGGGGUUAUGCCCUUGGAGCCGCUGUUGCAGACCCAUCCAGACUGAUCGUCAAUUGUCACGGUGACGGUUCCGCUGGUUUCCACAUUCAAGAGCUGGACACAUUUGCUCGCUUCAAUCUUAAUAUCUUGACCAUCAUCACAAAUAACUACUUCUGGGGAAUGUCUGUCAACGGACAGGACCUCCUUUACGAUAAGACGACACCGGCGCGACCAGCUGUACAAAUGUCCAAGGCAUGUGCCUACGAAGUCGUCGCCCAGGGCUUCAACUGCGCGGGCGAGAAGGUCACAGAAUACGACCAAGUCGGUCCAGCGAUUCAAAGGCUCUCGAAGGCAGGCCCAGCGUUGUUGAACAUGAUUGUGAGCGUCAAGCCGACGAGCCCUGCGACUUUGUCCAUGGUUGGCGCUACAAAUGAUCCGAACGUGAUUGUCGUACCCUACUAUGAUAACGUGCCUCGGCCGUAUUACAAGGAUCAACCUACCAACGGUCAGUCGUGAACUACGUAGGAUGAGCAUCUAGAAUAGCGUGAAAAUGCAGGAAAUACUUCGCCUGUGAAGGGAAAGCUGACGCGAGCAUUUUACCAAGUUUCUCUUUCUUUGCUCUGUAACUUCUGCUUCACGUGCGAUCCUUCAAUAUAGAGGCAUGUGCGUCUUAUCAUGGGGAAAGCCAGGGAGAUUUUAAUAUCUUCGGUGGCAGCUGAAACUGCGUUUCGACGAGAGGCAAGGUACGACUCAUGAGCGAAUCGUCAUUUUCGUUCUUCAUGGUUUUGCUAUCGUUGGCCCAUCUACUGAGAUAUGAAGAUGAUGCCAAAGAUUUCUGUCCACAUUCGACCCGCUCUUUCAUGCAGAUAUCGAGGCGGGAGAUACAGGGACUGAUUUUGCUCUCUCGCGCUCGCAGAAUCCCAGUGAAGGGGUCUGACGCUAGACUCGGCACCAUGGAAAAGACUGCUUCGUGUGUGAGCGC